AUGUCGGAUUCCGAGUAUGAUCCCGACUACCAGCCGUCUUCACACGAACCAUCAGACAGCCUGAGCAGUGAUUCUGGCGAAAAUUCCGAAGAAUCUUUGUCAAACCAACGUCAGUUUCAACGUUCAACGAAACCAUCAGGCUCACAUACCUUAUCGGAAUCCAGUUGGAGUAUACCAACAGAUGGUCCAAGAAAGAAGCAGUUCUCAUUUACGGCUAUUCCAGGUAUAAAAAAUAUAAGUCCUAACUGUCAAAAUGAGUUUGACUUUUGGUCAUUGCUUGUAGAUGAAGAAAUCAUUCAUAUGAUGGUGACAAUGACUAAUUCAUAUGCAAAUAAAAAAAAUAUUAUUCAUCAUGUAACGAGAAAUAGUCGGUUGGCUAAGUGGAAAAACUGUGAUCCUGCUGAAAUAAAAAAAAUUCUCGGUUUACUUCUUUGGAUGGGUCUCAAAAAGUUACCAAAAAUAAGUGAUUAUUGGAGCAAAGACAUACCUAUUAUAUGA